AAGGGAAAGGACAGUGAAUCCUACACCUGGAAUCCAAUCAAGCUAUUAGGAGUAGGUGUGGCCUGAGCUGAGUUCCCACAACCUGGUCAAGAGACAAAAGUGCUCUCUGAAAACAGCUGAAACUGAGGUUUUAUGGGUGAUAAGUUGUAAUGGGGCUCAGUGAGGCUGUUCUGUUAGGGUUUGUGUUUCUCCUCUCAGGUGGGAAUCUUUGCGCUGCCGCUUUUAACUCCAGCACUAACGAGAGUCUGAGCCAAAUCCCGCAAGAGCGAGCGACAACGAGCUUACAGCUGCCCAGAUCGCCUCAAACGGCGGACCAUCAGUCAAACCGGACGCGCCACGGCGAUCCGGCCCCGUCGCCCGUCAGCUACCGGCUCCGCAGCUUCCAGCUCAGGAACCCAGCUGUCGGCAAACAAAAGCCGCUCCGGCCUCUCGUGGAGAUGAGGCUGACGAUUCAGAGCCCGCAGAGGGUGGAGGCCGGAAAGCUGACCCCGGAGCAGCUGGAGCCAAGGGAAGCCGUCCAAGCUCAAGAGCUGUUACAGUUUCUGGUUAAAGGUCCAGUUCUGAACCCACCUGUCAAGCAGGAAUCAAAGGUGCUGGUGAGGUUUGAGCAGCGGCAGCCUGUGCCAGCUGUCAGCGUGGCAGCACGCUGUGGUGAGGGAGAGGUCACCGUAGAGGUCAGACAGAACUUCUUAGGGAACGGUCAGUUGAUCCGUCCAAGCGAUCUGACCUUAGGAGGCUGCGCUGCGCGAGACGCCGCCGACCACAUCCUGCUGUUCCAGACAGAGCUGCAGGGCUGCGGCAGCACGCUGACGAUGACCGAAGAAUCCCUCAUCUACUCCUUUUCUCUGAAGUACUCUCCAACACCCAUUGGCAACACAGUCAUUUUAAAGACCAACCCCGCUGAGGUGGUAAUUGAAUGUCACUAUCAAAGGAGGCAUUAUGUGAGCAGCAGCGCCGUGAGGCCUACCUGGAAGCCAUUCGCCUCCAACACGUUGGCGGAACAGCAGCUGCACUUCUCCCUGCGUCUCAUGACAGAGGACUGGCAGGAACCGAGGCAGUCUAGUGUUUACUUCCUGAGCGACGUGAUGCACAUCGAGGCGGCGGUCGCCCAGGGUCACCAUGUGCCGCUGAGGGUCUACGUGGACAGCUGCGUGGCCACCGUGACCCCCGACCCCGACUCCCGACCCAGAUACCCCUUCAUCCACGACCACGGGUGUUUAAGUGACGCUAAGCUGAUGGGAGCCAAGUCUUACUUCAUGCAGAGGAGCCAGGAGGAUAAACUCAAUUUCCAGCUGAAAGCCUUCAGGUUCCACCAAGAUCACAGGAAUUCAAUCUACAUCACGUGUCACCUGACGGCGACGAGAGUCUCCGUUCCUGUCAACUCGCGACACAAAGCGUGCUCAUACCUGACGGAAGCCAACAGAUGGGUGGCAUCAGGUGGAGACAAUAAGGUGUGUAGCUGCUGUGAGACCAGCUGCAGCGAGCGGAGACGGAAAAGAGGGCUGGCGGCAGAUGCUGCCUGCAGUGCUUCUUCCAGAUCUGCAGCGGGAGGGCACGGCUGCUCUGGGCCCCAUCCUGCUGGAGGGGGACAUCGGGGAAGAGGAGCCGACUGAGCCGCCUUCUCUGCUCUAGAUGCAUGAAGUGACUCGGGCAGACUCCUAUUCAUAUAGUUUGUGGAGUGGGUGCAGCAGUGGCUGUGUCGUGCUAGUUUCCAGGGGCCAUCAUUUGCAGGCGACUACACAAGACAACUAGACACACUGUUAGUACUUGAUUUAAGACAAUAAAACCUUGAUAGUCAA